AUGAUGUUCCCAAAGAGCUUGUCUGCCAAAGGAGCCAAGACACGAGGAGCCCAGGAAGCAGGGGCAGCGCUGGCCAUGCUGCUGGACAAUAUUGACCUCCGGUGGUUCAGCAAAUGCUCUGGUCCGGAGAGUCUCUUUGCUGCUGUGCCCGGCCAUGGGUCACGGAUUAGCCACAGGGCUGGGAAUCUCUUGCCCCGUGCCCAUCGCUCGGGGCAGUGUCACCUCUGGGUUUUGUCUCCGGUUGCUUUCAGGCUGGCCAAGCGGCUCUAUUGCCCCGCCGGGAAGAGAGACACCAUCUUCGCUCUGUCUUCGGGCCACGGGAAAUGCGGAGUGGCCGUGAUCCGGACCAGCGGCCCCGCCAGCGGGACGGCCCUGCGGCGUCUAACCGGGCAGCAGGAACUGCCACGGCCUAGAGCCGUCACCUUGCGGAGGAUCCGCGACCCCAGCUCUGCGGAGACCCUGGACAGGGGCCUGGUCAUCUGGUUCCCAGGGCCCUACAGCUUCACCGGCGAGGACUGCGCCGAACUGCACGUCCAUGGCGGGCCGGCGGUGGUGAGCGGCGUGCUCCAGGCCUUGGGGCGCCUGCCCGGCCUGCGCCCGGCCGACCCCGGCGAGUUCACCAAGCGGGCGUUCCAGAACGGCAAGCUGGGCCUGACCGAGGUGGAGGGGCUGGGCGACCUCAUCCACGCCGAGACGGAGGCCCAGAGGCGGCAGGCCCUGCGGCAGAUGGAGGGGGAGCUGGAGCAGCUGUACCAGCUCUGGAGCGACGCACUCACCAAGGCCCUGGCCCACCUAGAAGCCUUUAUCGACUUCAGCGAAGAGGACAAUCUAGAGGAGGGCAUGCUGGCUGAAGUGGACGCGGCCGUGCGGCGGCUGGAGGAGGAGGUGAGGGGACACCUGCAGGACGGGCGGCGCGGGGAGCGGCUGCGCGGGGGAGUCCACGUGGUGAUCGCCGGCCCCACCAACGCCGGCAAAAGCAGCCUGCUCAACCUCCUGUGCGGCGACCCUCUGGCCGGCUCCCCGAGCCUCACGCAGGCACGGCACCGCCUCCACCUCACCAGCUGCCUGGCCUCGCUGGGUCUGGUGCUGGCUGCUGAGGAGCUGCGGCUGGCUCGCAGGCACCUGGGGAAGAUCACGGGCCGGGUCAGCGCCGAGGAGAUCCUGGAUAUCAUCUUCAGGGACUUCUGUGUCGGGAAGUGAGGGGCGGCGGGGCUCCGGUCAGAGCACGUGCAUGGCAUUGUGGGACGAGCGGGGGGCUGUGUCAGCUGAGCCCUGGCAGCCCAGGAGGAGCCGGGUCUGAGCCGCUGUGG